AUGCGGGUUCAGCUGAGUCCCAGUGAGGAUGCAGCUCCACAUUCCUGCAGCGCCUCAGUAAAUAAAGCAGAGAGCCAGAGAGUUGGCCACUAUGGAGAACAUGUGUACGGUGCAGGUGAAGCUGGAGUUGGGCCACCGAGCCCAGCUCAGGAAGAAAGCCACCACUGAGGGCUUCACUCACGACUGGAUGGUGUUCGUUCGAGGCCCGGAGACGUGCGACAUCCAGCACUUCGUGGAGAGGGUUGUCUUCAGGCUGCACGACAGCUUCCCCAAACCCAAGAGAGUGUGUAAGGAGCCUCCGUAUAAGGUGGAAGAGUCGGGCUAUGCUGGGUUCCUCAUGCCCAUCGAGGUCUACUUUAAGAACAAGGAGGAGCCUAAGAAAGUUUGCUUUAAUUAUGACCUCUUUCUGAACCUGGAAGGCAACCCACCGGUCAAUCACCUGCGCUGUGAAAAGCUCACGUUUAACAACCCCACGCACGAGUUUCGCCGCAAACUGGUCAAGGCUGGCGGGGUAAUGGUCAUACCCGAAGGAGCGGAGAUGAUGCCGAGGCCCAGUCCGGAUUAUCCUAUGCUGCCCACUAUUCCUUUAUCGGCCUUCUCGGACCCGAAAAAGAUCAAAUCUUCCCAUGGGAUAAAGGAGCCGAGUAAAGAUGGUGCGGGUGGAAGCAGCAAAGGCCCCAAACCCCAUAAACCCGCCAAAGAGCACAGAGAGCGCACAAGGAAAGACUCCGAGAGCAAAGCCACAUCCAGAGAGAGUGACCGCGAAGGAGGGAAAUCCACACGGGAAUCUUCCUCCUUUUCCAGGAAAGCCACAGAUACCAGGGGAAAAGAGGAAGCGAAACCUGUUCCCAAAGCAGCCUUUAAAGAGCCCAAACUCACACUGAGGGAAUCUAAGAUGGACGCAGGUGGAGGAGGAACAGCAGCAGCAGGAGGAGGAGGAGGAGGAGGAGGAGGAGGAGGAGGGCAGCUGGAGGGACGAGGCGUAAAUAAACGCCCCUCGUCCACCACAGAGUCUCCCAAACUCAGCUCCAAGAAGCAGAAGAGCAUGAAGGGAUCCACCAGUGGAGGCUUAAGCAGCAACUCCCCCCGCAUUUCCUCAACCACUCCCUCCUCCUACCCGGAGAAGAAAGUGUCCAAAGAAAAGAGCCACUGGGCCAAGAUGAGACCGGACGUGCAGGAAGUGAAGAGGCAGGCAGAGUCUGACGAGUCCAACUCAGAAGACGAGGCCUCCUCCAAAUCUGAGCAGUCGGCCCAGACCAGCCCCUCCACGUCCAGCUCUAGCUCCAGCUCGGACUCCGACUUUGAGCCCUCACAGAAGCAAGGCCAGGGACCUUUACGCUCCAUGGUGGAGGAUAUGCACUCUGAAGGAUCUGAUGAUGACAGCAGCUCGGAGGUGGAAACACCAAUGAAGAACACUCCACCCAACCAGGACUCACGCUUGAGCAUGGACAGUGAGAGUGAUGGAGUGGAGGAGCCUCGUCCCCCCAGCCAGGAAGCCCCUUCCCCUCCCCACAAACUCAGCACAGUCAACCUUAAGAUGCUGGGGAAGAAGAGUCCAGAUUCCUGCACCAGAGAGAAGAUGAUCAAGAGGGGAUACGACAAGGUAGGAAGGGCUUAUACUGAGGAGCUGGUGGAUCUCCAUCGCAGGCUGAUGGCUCUGAGAGAGAGGAAUAUCUUACAGCAGAUAGUAAACCUCAUCGAAAAGACAGGCCACUUCAACGUCACCAACACCACCUUUGACUUUGACCUUUUCUCCUUGGACGAAUCGACUGUGCGUAAACUUCAGAGCUACCUGGAGGCCACCUCCACAUGACACAGGGAAGCUUUUUAUCCAUCGCUCACCUCACUCGGCGAAAAAGAAGCCUCUAAGCAGACACAGAGGCAGAUGGACAGGUACUGAAAGCAGCAUAUAAAUGCACAAGGAGUAAAAAAAAGAAGACGACAUAAUACUGUAAAAGAUAACGAACAAGAGGGCUGGGGUGGAGUUCAGGGUCGAUCAAAUGAAGGCAACACUUCGUUUUUGCACUAAACCUAAAGAAGCUGUCGGCACAAUGCUGUCCAGAACGGACGUGACUUCGCCAUAGGCAUCGCAACUGUAUACCGGUUUGUUAUUAAUAGUUAGUUACAAUACAAAGACCCGUUUGUGCCAGAGCCGUAACACUGAUGGCAUGGAUAACUUGCUUGUGUCUCCAAGGGCUUUGUGCAAAGGUUUCUCACUGAACUGAACUGCAACUGUAUUUGCCCUCACAUCUCUUUUCCCCCUUUUAGCUUAAAAGCCCUGCUCAGCGUGGUGAUGUGGAGCGAGACGGCCAUGUAUCAGCCUUAAAGGCGUGUUUCAUCUAAAAAUGCUAAUGUGGACUGAAAGAUAAUGUGGGCCGGGCUGAAGUGGCUCAAAUCCGAUUUUUUUGUGACUCAGAUCCGAUCCACAUUCUACUGAGCCGCUUUCAUAUGUGGUCCUAGAUUGGAUACGUAUCCGGUUUGUGGCCAUGCGACCUUAAUGAGACGCUCAGAUACAAAUUCACUGCAAAAAGAAGAAACGAUGUCUGAGUGAGUGUAAACAUCUUAAAUGUAGUCAAU